CGUCCUCCUUAGGCGCAGACCGUUUCUGUUCAGGUCAAAGCAGUACGCGUUUUCGGUAGAGGCAGCAGUAAGAUUAGUCUUCAGAGCAAUUUUAGCGUUAAAUAUCUUUUAACGCAUUUGCUAAACGUGUUAUUUUAUAAUGAGCGACAACGAGAAAGAGUUCAGGGAGCAGGACUCUCGGGCCGGCUCGCGGAGCGCAUCCCCUGGAGGCUCACCUAAAUCCACUAGCCGCUCACCAGCGCGCUCCAGAGGUGGUUCCCAUCAUUCCAGAUCCAAAUCUCAGUCCCGAUCUAGAUCUCGGUCAAGAUCUAAAUCCAGGUCUCGAUCCCAUCGAAGUUCACGCAGACACCACUCCCGUUCCCGCUCUCGUUCCCGCCGGCGCCGCUCCAGGAGCCGAUCUCGUAGCUCUGAGUACCGCCGGCGCAGGAGCCACAGCCGCUCCCCCAUGUCGAAUAGACGCCGACACAUUGGCAACAGGGCCAACCCAGACCCCAACAACUGUCUGGGUGUGUUUGGUUUGAGCCUCUAUACCACUGAGAGGGACCUAAGGGAGGUUUUCUCUAAGUAUGGCCCGUUGGCAGACGUCAACAUUGUGUAUGACCAGCAGUCACGUCGAUCCAGAGGCUUUGCCUUUGUCUACUUUGAGAACUGCGAGGACUCCAAGGAGGCCAAGGAGCGAGCUAAUGGAAUGGAGCUGGAUGGACGCAGGAUCCGAGUGGAUUUCUCUAUUACCAAACGAGCCCAUACUCCCACUCCAGGAAUCUACAUGGGACGCCCCACAUAUGGUGGUGGUGGUGGUGGUGGUGGAGGAGGCGGCGGUGGCGGCGGCGGCGGCUCAUCACGUCGUGUCUCAAGGGACUACGACAGGGGCUACGACAGAGGCUAUGAUAGAGGCUACGAUCGUGACUACGAUCGUUACGAUGACCGCGAGUACCGUUCAUACAGGCGCAGAUCUCCAUCUCCUUACUAUAGUAGAGGAUAUCGCUCUCGAUCACGAUCCUACUCACCACGUCACUACUGAGCAACAAGAGAAGAGGCGACAGAAGUGUUACUGUUUGGAUGACAGUGUUUUUGUUUUAAAUCUGACAAUAUUAUGUAUGUGGUUUAAAAACUCUGCAUCUGUUUGUGUAUCAAAAGUUUAACAAAAUUGAUCCAAAAGAACCCCCUAAAUUUCUCCCUGAGCACAAAAAAGUCAUCAGGGAAUCAUGCUGCACCAAGUCUGUGCGAAGAAUCCGUUUUUGGUUUGUUUAUUUUUUUCUGAAAAAUGGAAAAAAAAAUUUUUUUUGUUUUGUUUUGUUUUUGAAGACUCAGUGUGAUCAAAUGAAUUGAAAGCACAGUCAGUGGUUGUAAAAAGGCUAGGAUGUUCUCAGUAGUUUUUGUUUUGUUUUUAUGUAUCAUAGCUGGAUUUUUCUGUGCCAGUUUUACACUUUCUCAUUUUGCUCUUUGUUGGUAGGUGAUUUGUUAAACUGUCGUGAGCCUAGUUUGCCCCUCAUUAAGUUUUAAAUGCCAUGUUUCUUUUUCAGUUUGUUUUUGCUUGAUCGAACGUCCACUUUUGUUUGUAUAUAAGAAAUUAAAAAAAAAAAAUACUUUGA